AUGAAGAGAAAAGUGGGAGCCAAGAAAAAGGCAAAAGCAAAGGCAAAGGCCAAAGCAGAAGCAGAGGAGGCUGGCGACUUCUCACACUCACUUGUGACCGGGGGGCCUAGCACAACCAAGUUGGGAUUCCAGUGCAGCUCAGCUGAAAUUCGAGGACUGGCUGGGAAGCCAGACCGAUGGAGAAGAGCUGCUGAGCUGCAUCUGGACUCCUGGACAGUAUCUGAACAGUGGGCCGUAGCUGGGCCGUGGACAGUAGCCUCGCCGCUUUCAGCCUAUAGCCUGAGGCUUGGUAUCGGCAGCGAAGAUGAAGAUGCACCAGAUGAUGCUUUGGAAGAGGAAGACGACAUUGAGGCAACUUCCGAGCGCGACUCGUGCAAUCACAUCCGGUUCAAGUGCUAUGAUUGCUUAGCUUGA